AUGGCGACCGCCGGCGAAACUCGCCCUUGCUCGUCACAGGGUGCCAAGGAGCUGUCCGGUGAGGCCAGCCGUCAGGAUCCGGGAACGACUCGCGGGUCGCGCAAGAGCCGGACCGGAUGCUCUGUAUGCAAACAGAAAAGACGCAAGUGUGACGAGACAAGGCCAGGUUGCUUGAGAUGCCGGUACCAUAAUAUUGAGUGCCCGGGUUAUGACCAAGGUAUCAAGUGGCGCCCAGUCAAUGUUCCGGCUGUCGUUCGCAAGCAGCCGAAUGUCCUUGUAAUGAGUAAGUAUCCGUCGGCUGACCGAGGCAACGUAGAUAGUUCAUCGUCUAUCAGUCGCCGAACGACAACGCAAGCAAGGACGACGGCUGGAGGUGAACAACCCAAAGACCAAAGCCAACAAGACAUUGGCUCGUCAAAUUUCAGACUACAGCAGCCUCACCAACAGCCUGGCCCAUGGUCACUGCACUCCUCAACUAUAUCGCCAUGGCUUGACGUCAACGUCCCCCAGGCCCUCGCGGCGAUGGAAAGCGGCUCCUCAGACUCUAAUGUCAUGACAUCACAUUUCGUGCUUGACAACCUCAAUGUCGACAGUUUCCCUGUAUCGCAAGGCGCACCUUUCGACCUAGAUGUAUUCAUUAAUCCCCCAUUCGAACAACAUCCGUGGGAGGUUGAUUUGCAGCACCUCAGCUAUCUGGCGUACAAGGAUGAUUCGAACAGCGGGAAACUCGUUUCCGACUCCCGGGAUACGCCCAGCGGGGAUGGGCACUCCAUUGCCGGAAGUCUUCCUGACUCUCAACUCGGCCCAGCAAGAGCGCAAGCCGAUGGGCACGAUUAUCUGCCUCGUCCAUUUCUUGAAUCGUGUUCCCCUAGUCAUGCAGUAGCUCAGCCAGCAACACCGCCGCCGCAGCAUGCCCUACCGAAUGACAAGACAAGCGAUAUUAUACGUUUAUUUGAGCAGCAUACCAGCAGAAGCCUUUCAAUCAGCGACGACCCUGCAAAAAAUUCUUGGCUAACUGAUAUUUGGCCACUCUCUUCCAUCUACGCACCUCUGUAUCAUGCACUGGCGGCGAUGACUUGCUUACACGGGCCCUCGAGCUCGGAGCUAUCGUCACUGGGUACAAGGCACUUGGAAUGCGCCUCCAAUAGUCUUCAUGCGCCCAUUAUUGAUGGUGAGAGAUCCGAGGCACUGAGAGCUGAUAUUGCGAAAAUCAUCUCUUUGGCAUAUUUGAGCUUAUGGGAUCCUCAAAGUUCCGGCACAGGGCUUUCUUAUUUGGCUGAGGCCAGGACGCUUGUCAAACAGGCUGCUGCGCAACAUUCAGACACGCAAGUCCUCGCAGAAAAGUUGAAACCUCUUCGUAUGCUUAUACACGCUGUUUUGUAUCUGGAUGUCAUGAGUCGCUUUGGCGUUUCGAAUGUCCUCCAUCCCAGUCACGAGGGUUUUACGGAACUCUUGAACCUCGCUUCUUUGACCCAGUCCGAGCCCGAGCAACACAUCGAAUCUCUUGUUGGGUUUGCACCUACACUUUUCUCUUUACUAAGCCGACUGGCCGAUCUUGUUGCUCAGGUUCGAAGAGGAGGCGGAAAGCGUAGUUCGCUCGAUCAAAUUUCCAAGGCCACUGACCUUAGGGCAGCCUUUGAACGUUGGACCCCGGAUGUCGACGUGGACAGGUGGUCAGAUGGCAGGGCACUCCUGACAAACACCAUACAAACAACCGAAGCAUACCGUUGGGCUGCUCUACUACUGGUUCGCCAAGCGGUGCCGGAAAUCCCUUGGGCACAAUCACAGGCUGACCUGGCACAUAUGAGCCUUUCAUAUCUGGCCACGAUCCAGAGUGAAUCAUCCACAACAGUCGCACACACAUUUCCCCUACUAGUAGCCGGCGUUGAAGCAGUUGAUCAGGAUAAUAAGAAUUGGAUUCGUGCAAAGUGGAGAUAUAUGUCGGAGACAGUCAACAUGAGUCAUUCGGCACGCUUUCUAGACAUAACAGAGGAGGUCUGGCAGCGGCGAGAGGAAUUUGAGCAACGCAAAGGCUAUGACUCCAGGGGACAAGGUGGACCAGGUUCAACCCAGGACGACGCAGUUAAUCAACGACUAGCCAACUUAAACACGACCGACUCUAAUGGCAGGAGAAAUCAAUACCUCAACCCCAGCCAGCAUAUUCACUCAACAUCGACCAAUUUUCCGGAUUCUUUGGCCUUCAAAAAGGGCAUAGAUCCCCUGACGAGAUCUGGCCUCACAGAGUACACAGUUAGAGGCUCUCUGCACUUUUUGACUGUUAUGAAUGACUGGAAAUGGGAACAGUUUAUUACCCGCAAUGAGGGACUAACUUUAGCAAAACAGUAA